AGUCGAUAUACCCCAAUAAUAAUAACAACAACAAGAAGACUCGUCUCAUGGGUCCGCCUGUAACUGUUGGGCCUUGUAUCUUGACACCACAAAUCCAGUCAGUGAUCUGGGUACCUAGGCAAACACAAAAGACAUUGAGUCCUGUAACUGCCAUCGACAUUCAAACAUAACAACAACUGCCACCCUCCCCACUCCAGCGUAGUUUAUUACCCGACAAACCUCAUAUCCGUCGAGUGUGUCGUGUCGUCUAGAUCUUAUCAAGUAGAGUAUGGACCCAGCCAAGUUCGGCAUCUCGACGAUCCCAUUGAACCACGCGCCCUAUGGCCCGAUCAAGCCGGAGAAUCUGAAAGGUGCAAAUCAGGGCAAAGUCGCCGUGGUGACUGGUGCUGCGAGAGGAAUCGGUCGAGCAAUUGCCGAAAAUCUAGCAAACUCGGGCGCAAAUGUCGCCAUCAUCGAUCUGCUCAAGGAUGAACUGGGCGAGACGAAAUCUCUGUGUGAGAAACAUGAGGUCAAGGCGAAGACGUACGCGUGCGAUGUCACGGAUGUGGAUCGUCUGCGAGCCGUGUUGAAGGAGGUCGAGAAGGAUUUGGGGCCUGUUGACAUCCUCGUCAACAAUGCAGGAGUAUCACCAGGAAAACCGCAGUGGAUGGAAACCUUUGAAGAGUUCUGGAGGACCAUCGAAAUCAAUUUCAAGAGUGCAAUGGUCACCACGUGGGCAAUCCUUCCAGGCAUGCGUGAACGCAAGACCGGGAUAAUCAUCAAUAUUGCCUCUCGGGCGGCAACGGUCGAUUUCCCUUUCGGUUUAGGGUACAACUCGAGCAAAGCAGCCGUGGCACGGGCGACGUCGACGUUGCAGGAAGAAAUCGAUUUGGACGGGUUGGGAGAGACGGUGCAGACGUUUGCGCUGCAUCCUGGUGGGGUGUAUACUGCUAUGGGGAGUGCCGAACCACGUCCCGAACUGCUCGAAAGAUAUCCCCAAUUGACCCAACACGGCACAGACUUCAAAUCCCUCUUCAAGGACCCUCCCGAAUUGUGCGGCGCCACAUGCGCAUAUUUGGCCACAGGCAAGGCCAAGGAGAUCAGGGGAAUGUACUUCGACUGUCGGCAGGAUGUUGAACGUGUGUGCUCGGUUGGAAGGGAGAAGUUGCUCCAAGACUUUUUGUAUAGAUUGAAGAUCGACUUUAUCGACGGGUACAAGAACGAGCCUUGAGAUGGACUCUGGAUACCGUACAAAAAAACAAAAACCUUGCAGUCUCAGUAGAUGCCGGGUAUGAUCCUCCACUUCACUCUUUGACAAUACCGUUCCCAAUCUUUGCCAUA